CAAGUCCAUCGACACAAACAUCGGCAAGCGAUGGCCGCCAUUUAGUGCUGUUGGCUUCCGUCGAAUAAGCGUAGAAUAAGUUUCUGCACCUGGUUUUCGAGAUCUCUUGCGGAAGGAUUGCAAAGAGAGGUGAGGGCCACAUGAGGAGCAUAUGGAGGACAGCACGGUUCCCCCAGGCAGCGAGUCUCAACGCGUGGCACACGUGAAUCGCAGCUUAAAUCACCUAAGUCUGGAGGGUGCCACCCCAAAGCGAAGAGGGGGCCAACAACAACAAAGGGGGACGGGAUCUUCUCAGCCUCGCAGACAGUCAAAGAAGUCCAGUCCAGACGCUGCCUUCGACACCAAGCCCAGCCGCACAUCUGGCAGGCACUCCAAGGGGAAACACGUGCCACAGCUGCGGUCCUCUCUGCUUCCAAGCCCACAGGGCGCCCACACAGUGGGUGACCUUCAGUACCUGAGAUCGCCUCCCAGACACGGAGCGCCUCCUCCUAUUUCUGCCUCAGCAUCCCGUAUUCCAGUGCCCUCCAGCUCAAGUAGUAGUUCUUCAAGUGCUUGGACUCCGCCCGAUCUUCGGAACAGGGCGUUCUCUGAUCCGAGGCCACAGGUUGGCAACUUUUUGCCAGAUGAUGUGAGGUCGCGCCAUGCUGGACAUCGAUGUACGAGGUCUGGGUCUGAAAGCACAUCAACACCCUCUGCGAGCUACAGAAGUGCGUACACACCUUCUAGCGUCCUAUCGUCAUUGGGAACGGGCCAUUCAAAUAGCCCAGUCUCUGAAAGCACCGGUCUUUCACUGGCGACUUCACAGAAACAGAGGAACAAGAGUAGGAAUGCAAAGUACGAUGCCUACAUGCCCCUGUGUGAGGUGCAACAUGCCUUAAAAAAGGGUGAAGUGCUUGAGGGUGUCCUUCGCAUCAACCCGCGGAACUACGAGGACUCCUUUAUCAGUGCGCCGGACAGUCAGAUGGACAUAUAUGUUGGCGGACUACAUGACCGGAACCGUGCUCUCAACGGGGAUGUGGUUGCAGUUUUAGUGAAGCCCCAGUCUCAGUGGAAGAUUCACUGGGACAAGAUUCGCCAGUGGGAACAGCAGAGUCAUCGCUCCAUUCUCGAAGUUCUAGAUCCAGACUGGGAUGCGGCGUCUCUCACUCCAGCCUCUCAAGCGUCAAAGCGAGAGACACAACCCGUAAACGCGGAUGAACCACAACAGAGUCCCGCCGACGGAAAUGUGCAGUCGUCGACGAAUUCAGCUGUAGAUGAAGGCGCUUUUAGCUCGGUACCAGAGCUGGACAAAAAUGAUGAGGCAGAAGGGGACGGUUGUGGGCACCUGCAGGACGACGACGACUUUUUCUCCGAUUCUCCGCCGUUGUCUCAAGGGUCCAACUGGGAUGGGCUGUCCCACGUUCCUUUUGUACGCCCACCAGAUACCAUAGAGGUUCUCGGAAUUGAGCGGCUUUUAGGGCAGGUACAGGAAUACGUGGAGAAACAGAAGAAGGGCCAUCGUUCCAAAUCGUCACAGACUAAAGUUUCCAUGCCGUGCUCUCUGGAAGCCACCCUCACUCCCAUUCCGCCAUCCGGCGCACACUACAACUUCGGCACCGGCGAUGAAGUAUCUCCGCCUCGGCCGGAAGAGAAAGUCGCCCCUCGACCGCAGGACGACGACCCGUCCUGCGACCCCUGGGCCCUGCACGACGACAAUGACACCACCGUGGUGUUCUCUCCGGAGGAACUCCUCGAAGUUCCGGAGGAAGAACUGGAAGCGUGCAGAAGGAAUGCGGGCCAAUGGGUCGUCGCGCCGGACGAACUCACCGGCGAGGAAGAUUGGAACGACCAAUCGCAGAGCGACAACGAGAGUGGCGGAAGCCUGAUACUGGAGCAGCACAUAGAGGACAUGGAAUUCCUGCGGGCGGCGCAGGACGCUCGGAACAACAACGUCGAAGAGGACGUUCUGUUGGUGCCGGACGUUGUUCACGUUGAUCCUGUGGGUCAGGAUCCUCCGCAGAGUACUGUUUGUGAAGGUGCGGGGCUAGAACGUAAUCGCGUUUCGAAUUGUGCUCCGCCGACCGGCUCAACGUCGAGCCGCACGCAGGGACCCGUGUCGAAAGUGGACGGCAAGGUUGAUUCCUCCGUAGAUGUAAGUGGCAAGGAUGCAAGUAUCGUGGAGGACGUUCUAAACUCGCCUCCGCGCUGUUCGCUCGAGGCAAGAGACACAAGGAACAAGGGGAAGGCGUCUACGAAGAAGAAGAGAAAGAACAAAGGAAAGGAAGGAAAGAAAACGAAGGCGAAAAAGGAGCCAGAUCCGGUGAUGUCGGGGGCUUCGGCGUCCACAACGUCGACGGCACGGCUACGUGAACAGAGCAAGUACGAGCAGCUCUCCGUCGUAGACAUCAUGAGGCAUCCAUCGUGGAGGCACUUUGUGCAGAAGACGGGCAAGGUGGUUCACAUUCUGGAGUGCAAGAAUUCCAGGGUAACAGCAGGACACUUGAAGCUGUUGAACGACAACAACCCCACAUGGGUGCUGUUCUCUCCAAAGGAUUCGCGGUUUCCACGCAUGAUGAUUCCAUCACAGGAGUGUCCACCAGCGUUUUUCCACAGACCAGGAGACUACGCGGAUACGCUGUUCUUGGCCGAGCUGACAGAAUGGUUGCCGGAGUCGAACUUUGCUCGUGGGAGGUUAAGGAAGCUCCUGGGAAAGAGUGGAGACGUCAGCGUAGAAACAGAGGCCAUAUUGGAGUCGUACUCUGUUGAUCACGGCGAUUUUCCAGAAGAUGUGUUUGGCGAUCUUGACGUCAGUGAAAACUGGUCGGUGCCUGAGAGCGAGGUCGCCAACCGGAGAGACUUCAGGGACCAGUUAGUCUUCACAAUCGACCCCAAGACGGCUCGUGAUCUGGACGAUGCCAUGUCAUGCCGUAGAGUGGGAGAUCUAUGGGAAAUCGGUGUACACAUUGCAGACGUGACGUAUUUUGUCAAGGAGGGAACCUGUCUUGACAACAUUGCCAAGAGGAGGGCCACUAGUGUCUACCUUGUUCAAAUGGUUGUGCCAAUGUUGCCACGUUUGCUGUGUGACCACCUGUGCAGCUUGCAUCCUGGCGAGGACAAGCUGACCUUUUCGGUCGUGUGGAAGAUGACGGACGAAGGCAGGAUAGUCGAAGAAUGGUUUGGUCGCUCCGUCAUUCGGUCCUGCUGCAAGCUCAGCUACGAACAUGCUCAGGCCAUGUUGGACCGUCCUGACGAGGGAUGCUCACUGAACGGCCUGCCCCCUAUUCACGACAACCACUCCGGUGAAGAGCUCACCAAGGCUGUCUGCACGCUGCACCGCAUGGCAACGCUGCUGCGCAAGCGGCGGUUUGAAAAUGGAGCACUGCGCCUGGAUCAGCUGAAAGUGGUGUUUGCCUUGAACGAAAAUUGUUACCCCGUGGGAUUCUCAAUCUAUGAACACACGGAGAGUCAUCAGCUUAUAGAAGAGUUCAUGUUGCUGGCCAACAUGGCGGUUGCGCACAAGUUGUACAAGACGUAUCCAGAUAAAGCAUUUCUGCGUUGCCAUCCAAGCCCAGACGAUGCACAGUUGUACGAGGUGGUAACAAUGUGCGCAGCGCACGGUAUCCACUUAGAUGUUGCGUCAGCUGGAGCAUUACAGGAAAGCUUGAGGAAAGUAACCCUGGAGGGUGACGGUUCAAGAGCAGUAGUCUGCGUCCUGACAAAUCUUCUCUCGAAGCCCAUGAAGAUGGCCCAGUAUUUUUGCUCCGGCACACGGGACGACCCAGAACUGUACGCUCAUUAUGCCUUGAAUGUGCCGUUGUACACGCAUUUUACGUCGCCUAUUCGUCGUUACGCCGAUAUCAUGGUUCACAGGCAACUUGCGGCAGCUGUGGCAAAGGCACCUCUGCCCCUGUGCAGUCCGAAAGAGCUUCAGAAGGUGGCCAGCCAUUGCAAUGACAAGAAGACCAAUGGACGUCUUGCUGGAGAACUGAGUACAGAGCUCUUCCUCUACAUUUUUAUUAAGGAAUGCAAGAAGUUUGAAGAUAGGGCCAUGGUAACUGGUGUCCUAGAACAUGCAUUUGAUGUCCUCUCAUUGAGCCUAGGCAUCAUCAAAAGGGUUUACUGUGAUAAACUUGGAACGAAAAGCUUUUCUCACCGUAAAGAAGACGGAAAGAAUUUUAUAGAACUUCGCUACCAGUCCGUCAAAGGUGAUGCCGAAGACGUGGUUGACGUUAUCACUGCCUUCAGGGUCGUCGACAUUGUGAUUGUCACCCUUCCUGAAGUGCUGAAGUAUCAGGUCACUGUAAAGCCACCUCCUGCGACUGUACCUGUUGAACCUGUGAAGAAGGGGAACAUGAGAGAAAAAGUCUGAAAAUGAGUGCUGCUGAAGAUGGACUCUUUUACGCUUAUUUAUCUGGGAUGCUGAAUGCUACAGCUUCUGAUUCGGCUACAUAGAAAUCAUGCGGCUAGUGAUUCACGCUCAUAAUUGUUAGUAAAAAUAAAAAAAUAAAUUUAAAACAA